CCGAAAGCGUGCGUGCCAGCUGAUCGUCCGCCAUAUUAAAUCCGACUUCCAAAUAGGUUUUAUGUUCGGCUGUGGAUUUUCAAGUGUCAGUGUGGAGGAUGUAUAGCAAAUAAUCUUUGCCUAAGCGUAAAUCGAAUUUAAAAAAAUAAAGUGUUCGAAAUUCAAAAGUGUUCGGAAUUCAAAAUGUCUUCGUCGCCCGAUACUCCAUCUUCGGAUACUCCAUCUCCUUCGUCGGAGCCAGUGAACAAAUUCAACUGGAUGAAGCACGCGCAGAACGCGAGGAAUUCCAGAAAUAACCCCUUCGUGAAAGCGCGGCCAUCUUUGACCAGAGAGAGUUCAACUUCGGAAUUGUUUUCGCGGGAGAAUUCGAGCGCGGACUUCUUUCAGGCGAAUUCCAGAUUGAAUCUUUUCGAGACAUCACCGAAACCCGAAACAGCGGGCUUUUCUAAGGGCGUGUCGUUCAUCGGCUGGCACUCGCGCACGCGGCUGGAGCGGGCGCUGCUGGUGACGACCGCGUGCCUGGUGGUCGCGGUCACCGUGACGGUGGCCGUGCUGCUCACCGUGCGCGCCCCGCCCUACAUCCCAGUGCCACCGUGCUACCAGCCUGAACCCAAAGAACAUUCCGACGUUUGCCUGACCGGGUCCUGUAUCUACACGGCGAGCGAGGUGAUCAGAGCGCUGGACGAGAGCCAGGACCCCUGCAACGACUUCUACGAGUUCGCCUGCGGGGGCUGGAUCAAGAACAACCCCAUACCAGAGGGGAAGUCCAACUGGGGGAUCUUCAGCAAGAUUGAGCUGCAGAACCAGCUCAUCAUUAGAUAUGCUUUGGAGAAAGUGAACAUCAGCGACCCAUCAGGCGCGGAAGCGAAGGCCCGUAUUUACUACGACGCCUGCAUAGACACCAACGAGACCAUAGAGAAGCAGGGCGAGAAACCGCUAGUCAGCAUCAUCAAGAAGCUCGGUGGAUGGCACAUCCUCCCCAACACACUCAUCUCGCAGAGGAAGUGGGACCUGCAGAGACUGCUGCAGGAUGUGCAGAACGAGUACAACUUAGGCGGUCUCUUCAACUGGGCUGUGACUGAAGACGAUCGGAACUCCUCUAAGCAUGUCAUAGUGCUCGACCAAGGAGGACUGAAUCUACCGACAAGAGACAACUACCUCAACAAGACAGCACACAAGAAAGUUUUGGACGCCUACUUAGAAUACAUGACUAGAAUAUGCGUUCUCCUAGGUGCCAAUAAGACAGAAGCCAAGGCGCAGAUGAGUAAAGUUAUACAGUUUGAGACAGAGCUAGCGAACAUAACUAUACCUUCAGAGAACAGAAGAGAUGAAGAGGGACUGUAUAAUCCGUAUACAAUUAGACAGUGGCAGAAUGAAGUGCCUUUUAUGAACUGGACGCUGUUCUUCAAUGAUGCAUUUAAACUCGUGAAUAGAACGAUAUCAGACACUGAACGAAUAGUCGUAUACGCCCCCGACUACUUUAAGAACUUGACGAAAGUCGUUAGAAGAUAUAGCAAAACUGAAGACGAUCAAAGGACCCUGACGAGCUACAUGAUGUGGCAGGUGUCCCGCUCCCUGUCCACGUACCUGUCCAAGCAGUUCCGUGACGCGACGAAGAUCCUGCGCAAGGCGCUGUUCGGGUCGGAGGGCACGGAGGAGUCCUGGCGAUAUUGCGUUACGGACACUAAUAAUGCUAUAGGCUUCGCGGUAGGCGCCAUGUUCGUCCGCGAGGUAUUCCAGGGGGAAGCGAAGACGCAGGGCGAGAUCAUGAUAGACAACAUCCGGACGGCGUUCAAGCAGAACCUCAAGAACCUGGAUUGGAUGGACGCCGAGACGCGCCAGGCGGCCGAGACCAAGGCUGAUGCCAUCACUGAUAUGAUUGGUUUUCCGGACUACAUCCUCAACAAGGAGGAGCUGGAUCGGCAGUACGAGGAGCUGGAGGUGACCCCCAACGAGUACUUCCAGAACAACAUCAACUUCAACCUGUAUAGCCUCAAGAAUGACCUCAAGAAGUUGGACCAGCCCGUCAAUAAGACUAAAUGGGGCAUGACACCCAGUACCGUAAACGCGUACUACACCCCCACCAAGAACCAGAUCGUGUUCCCGGCGGGGAUCCUUCAGCUGCCCUUCUACGACGGGGAUAACCCCAAGAGCGUCAACUACGGAGCCAUGGGGGUGGUGAUGGGACAUGAGCUCACACACGCCUUUGAUGACCAGGGCAGGGAGUAUGACAGAUUCGGCAACCUCAACCAGUGGUGGAACAACGCGACCAUAGCUCGGUUCAAGAAGCGCGCGGACUGCAUCCAGCAGCAGUACGCCGGGUACUCCAUGGAGGGACAGAACCUCAACGGCAAACAGACUUUAGGCGAGAACAUAGCUGACAACGGCGGGCUGAAGGCGUCCUUCCACGCGUACGUCGACUACAGCAAGACCGCGCCCGUCAACACCACGCUGCCCGGCCUGCGGUACAACCACCGUCAGCUCUUCUUCAUAUCGUUUGCCCAGGUGUGGUGUUCCGCGAUGACCAAGGAGUCCACGAAGAUGCAAAUCGAGAAGGACGACCACACGGUCGCCAAGUACCGUGUCAUCGGCCCCAUCUCCAACCUGCCCGAGUUCUCCGAGGAGUUCAACUGCCCGCUCGGCUCAAACAUGAAUCCCAAACAUAAGUGUGUGGUAUGGUAAGGGAGCCCGAAAUCCUUGAUUUUCCAAACAAUACUUGCCUUAAAAGGCCAUUUUUCCACGUUAGGCCAUGAAAACUAAGGUCUAUAGACUAUAACUCUAUAAUCAUGAGCGGGCAUAAGAGCCCUCUCUAAGGACUGUGAUGGAUAACGAUGAUUGCCAUUUAUAAACAAAGAUACAACUCCAUACGUUCCAGGCGCGGUCCGAAGGGGGGAGUCACGGGGGACAUGACCCCACCCAAAAUCUGGUCCGAAUGGAUAAAUCUCAAAAUCUU